AUGGUGAAAACAUGCAACGACUGUCAGCGCUUCGCCAAGAAAAGGCACGCGCCGGCCUCCGCCUUGAAAACCAUCCCCAUCACUUGGCCAUUUGCUAUAUGGGGCCUCGACAUGGUCGGCCCAUUCAGAACUGCCCGAGGCGACAUGACACACGUGAUGAUUGAUAAAUUCACUAACUGGAUCGAGGCCAAGCCGAUCAAGAAGCUGGAUGGCUCAACAGCCGUCACCUUCCUCAAGGACAUCAUUGUGCGGUAUGGCUACCCUCACAACAUCAGCACCGACAAUGGCACCAUGUUCUCCCAAGGAGUCUUCUCCCGCUUCUGCGAGGAAAAAGGAAUUCAGCUAGACCUAGUGUCUGUAGCACACCCUAAGUCCAACGGGCAGGUGGAAAAGGCCAACGGCUUGAUUUUAGCCGGCAUCCGGCCCCGGUUGGUGGAGCCGCUUGAGCGACCUACCGGCUACUGGAUUGAAGAGUUGCCCUCCGUACUCUGGAGCUUGCGCACUACACCCAACCGCUCUGUCGGCUUCACGCCAUUCUUCCUCGCUCCGCGGGACUACGUCAACCAUGCCGGCCAGGCACUGCACAACUAUAUCGACUACUUCCGGCCAGGCGUCGCGCGCCUACAUCAACUGUGCCAGCUGCACGACUUGCUCUAG